CUGUCCUUCAAACAAACAAUGGUCCUGGUCUCACAGGAUUAAUGACCAUAGCUGCCCACCUCGUUAAACAGGCUAAGAAAGACCAACUGCUUGGAAGUACUGCGGAGGAGAAGGCUGUUGUUCAGCAGUGGUUGGAAUAUAGAGUGACUCGAGUAGAUGGAGGCUCUAGUAGAGAAGAUACUAGAGUAAUUCUGAAGGAUCUUAACGUACACCUUGAAGAUAAAGUCUACCUUGCAGGAAAUAUUUUUACCUUAGCAGACAUUUUGAUGUACUAUGGAUUGCAUCAUGUCAUGGUGGACCUCACCGUGCAAGAAAAGGAGAAAUACCUUAACGUGUCUCGUUGGUUCAAUCACAUUCAGCAUUAUCCAGGUGUCCGACAACAUCUGUCCAAUGUCAUCUUUAUCAAGAACAGAUUAUACACCAACGCUCAUUAAGGAAAAUCUUAAUGUCGUGUCGGAAGAGUGUUUGGGAGUUUAGAAGUUACCCCGUCCAAAACCACUAGCUUGCAAAUACUGGUCUGUAACCUUCUGUAUGUGAACCAAAACUGUUGAUGCCUCAAAUAAUACAAUUGCAUUGAAUUGCUGUUGCUCCUUCAAGAAUUCGAACCAGUUGAAGAGCUGUAUCAUGUAUCUGAUUAAAAUACAACAAUGAUAGAAAGAUGGUAAU